ACAAUCCAAAGGAACAUACCUCAUCAUCAUUCAUCAUACACCAUUCCAAACCUAACACACUACCAACCCAGGUCACUUCUCAUCAAACAUAUGCUCUCUAUUUUCCUCCCAACAUCAUGCGCAUCUAUUGGUAUCUUUCAACUCACUAAACAUCAUCUUAUAAAAUAAAUGUAAUUUUUGUUUAUAACAUAUUAAAUACAUCGGUCAUUCCAUGAACUAUAAAAAUUGAUUUUCUUUUUUGUUUUCACUUAUUCGGUCCACUGCACCAUUUAAUCUAGUUCAGAGAUCAAUUAUGUCAUUAAGUGGGUUCAACUCAUCUCAAUAGCAAUUGUGGCGGAUCAAGCCGUGUUACUUCUCUAAAAAUUGAUUUUUUUUGUUUAUAAUAAUAUGAAUUUAUUAAUUAAUUUUGAGUCAAAAAAUAAAUAUAGUUAAUUAUUAAAGAUAAUUUUUAUAUGAAAAAAUAGGAAAAAAGAAGGAAAAAUAAAAUAGAGUCUCAACACCUGUCUUUCUCUUUUCAUUCUUUUGUGAAAAAAAUGGAAUUAGGUGCAUCAUCAUUUCCAUGGCCUUGUCAAUGUAAAAGCCCUUUAUACACAAAAACAAACACCCUUUCCUCCACUUUCUACCAUACCAAUUUGAUUUCUUGAUUUCUCUCCCCUUCGGUGAAAGCCUUGAAACCCUUCAGGCUUUUACGGAAGGUGGGAUUUUGACUAGAAAGGGGGUGGUGGUAAUAAUUUUGAUUACGAAAGUUUAAGUCUUUGGUUGAUUAGUGUCUCUAUUAUUGAACCAUAUUGCUCUCUUUUUUGUUCAUGAUGGAAAAGUCAGUUUUUUUGUGAUUAUUCUGGUAAUUGUUGUUGAUGGGUCUGAAAAAAAUCAAUCUAGUUUUUUUGUGACCUUAUUUGCAGCUUCAAUUUUGUUUUAGGAAAAAUAAUAAUUUGUGAAUAAGGUAAUGAUGGAGGAAAAUACUACUAGUUCAUGGUUAAGGCGAGCGAAAUACUCUCAAACAGUGUGUCAUCGUUUGGAUGCAUCUAGUUUGAAUGCUACUCCGAUCCGCGUUCAAUUGGAAGAAAUUUCGAAACCUUCUUCAAAUGUUAAGAAAAACCUUUUAACCAACAAGCAGAGAUCUUUGUCGCCAUUGCCUAGAACUUCUGUUAAUGAUGUCUUUAGGGAAGCCAGACAUGAAGCGAAGAGGUUCUCGACACCAGGUCCUAGGAGGGAUAACAAGAGGAUUAUGGGAAAGGUGUCGAAUAAGGAUACUCGGGAAUCAUUACCCAAGGUAUCGAGUGCAAAUUCACUUUUGAACAGUCAGAAUCAGCAAAGGGUGGUGUCCAAGAACAAUAGCAAGGAUGGUUCAUGGAGUAAGUAUCUUGAAAAUGGUAGUGGCGGUGGUAGAAAGGUUACUGCUUUGGAAACAGCCGAGGAAUGGACUAUUGACAUGUCUAAGCUGUUUCUUGGCCAUAAGUUCGCUCAUGGCGCUCAUAGUAGGCUGUAUCAUGGUGUAUAUAAGGAAGAGUCUGUAGCUGUUAAAAUCAUUAGGGCACCCGACGAAGAUGAAAAUGGAGACUUGACUGCUAAAUUAGAGAAUCAGUUCAUUAGAGAGGUCACCCUUUUAUCCCGCCUCCACCAUCGAAAUGUUAUAAAGUUCAUAGCUGCAAGCAGAAACCCGCCUGUUCAUUGUAUUAUCACAGAAUAUCUAUCUGAAGGUUCCUUGAGGGCAUUUUUGCAUAAGUUGGAGCACAAAACUAUUUCUCUCGAGAAGCUAAUAGCUUUUGCUCUCGAUAUUGCUCGUGGAAUGGCAUAUAUACACUCUCAAGGUGUCAUUCAUAGAGAUCUUAAACCAGAGAAUGUCCUUAUUGAUGAAGACUUUCACCUUAAACUUGCCGAUUUCGGCAUUGCUUGUGAGGAGUCAAUCUGUGACUUAUUGGCGGAUGAUCCCGGCACCUACCGUUGGAUGGCACCUGAAAUGAUCAAACGAAAAUCCUACGGGAGAAAGGUUGAUGUCUACAGUUUUGGGCUUAUCUUAUGGGAAAUGUUGACGGGAACAAUUCCAUAUGAGGAUAUGAAUCCAAUCCAGGCUGCUUUUGCAGUUGUUAAUAAGAAAUUAAGGCCAAUUAUUCCUCCAGACUGCCCACCUGCAAUGCGAGCUUUAAUCGAGCAAUGUUGGUCGUUGCAACCAGAUAAGAGACCUGAUUUCUGGCAAAUCGUAAAGGUGUUGGAGCAAUUUGAAUCUUCUAUUGCCCGUGACGGAACUCUGAGUCUGGUGCAGAACCCUCGUUGUUGCCAAGAUCAAAAGAAAGGACUUCUUCAUUGGAUUCAAAAGCUUGGUCCUGUUCAAAAUAGUGGCCCUAAGCCUAAACCAAAGUUCACAUGAAUCUUUAAAAGUGUCCUGGCAUUUCUAGUAAACCAGGUUCUUUGUAAUUAUAACUGGAAGCUUUGUUUUUGUGGUUCUGGUUAUGUCAACUUUAUGACUUUCAUAUGAGAUUGUAAAUUGAUAUUUAGGCAUGCGCAUUAGGUUGAAACCAUAUUUUGUUCGCUUUUUGUGCACAUACACUAAUUAUAAUUUAUAAUCAACUUCUGGUA